AUGGCUGAAGAAUCAGAACUUUGGAAUGUCAUCUGCGACGGUCCUUUUGGUCCUAUGAAGACCAUUAGAGAACCAAGAGUGUCAGUUCCUAAGACUAGGAAAGAAUACAACGAUGCUGACAGAAAGGUUAUAGAGAAGACUUCCGAGCCAAAAAGAUCCUCGUCUGUGGAGAUCUGGGAGGCUCUCCAAACUGCACACGAAGGGACUACUCAAGUCAAACAGUCGAAGAUUAAUAUGCUAACCACUGAGUUUGAGCUAUUCAGGAUGAAGGACGAUGAGUCAAUUCAGGACAUGCACACUCGCUUCACCUCUAUCAUCAAUGAGCUUCACUCAUUAGGGGAAAUCAUUACUAGAAACAAACUUGUCAAGAAAAUACCUAGUGUAUUACCUGGUUCCUGGGAAAGCAAG